AUGGCUUCGAACAAUUACUACUAUGACGACGGCCACCGUCCGCCGCCGAGCUACCACUCAACACCAGAUCCCUAUUCACAAGCAACCCAUACGCCCUACCACAGCGACUACUCUACCUCUGCUACUCCCGUGCCACACGGUGCCCCUGGAAGUGGCAGUCACGCACACAAUCCGCAGCAAACUCACCAGUCCCCAUUUGCUAGUGUCUUUGACGACAACUACGCGGCUGCCAGCUCGAAUAGCCUACCACACCAUGGGCAGUAUCCUGACACGGCGUAUUAUGGACAGGGCGGCCCUAGUCCUGGACCUGGACCCCACGCCCAGGGCGAUAUUCCCUUGCAGGAUCGGACGGGCAAGAAUGGCGACAUGAAUGACCAUAUUUACGACGCACCAGAGACCGGCAUGGCUGGCGAGGGCCGAAAAAAGAAGAAGAAGGUUCGAGUCGGCGAGUUGGGUAUGCUUGGAUCUGACAAAAAGAGGAUUCCUUGGGUGUGCUACGUCUUUACGGUUGUGCAGGUUGCCGUGUUUAUCGGCGAAGUUAUCAAGAAUGGCAUCUUGACCGGAUCUCCCAUCAUGAUCAAACCACAGUUUAACCCCAUGAUUGGCCCGUCGACGCAGGUUCUCAUCAACAUGGGAGCACGAUACGGACCCUGCAUGCACAACGUCAAAGAGAUCCAGGGGUCCACUGUCCCUGUCCUGUUUUUGUGCCCGAACGCAACCCGAAACGACCAGUUCUGUCCUCUUUCCGAAGUUUGUGGAUUCGGCGGCGUUCCCAACCCGACGUUUAACAACGCGGACCAGACCCCCGAACCAAACCAGUGGUUCCGCUUCAUUGUGCCGAUUUUCCUGCAUGCGGGUCUCAUUCAUAUCGGCUUCAAUAUGCUACUUCAGAUGACGUUGGCCAAGGAGAUGGAACAAGCCAUUGGUUCAAUUCGAUUCUUCCUCGUCUACAUUAGUGCUGGCAUCUUUGGGUUCGUCAUGGGUGGCAACUUUGCUGCGCCUGGUAUUGCUUCUACAGGAGCGUCUGGUUCAUUGUUUGGCGUUAUUGCUCUGACACUGCUGGAUCUCCUCUAUUCGUGGAGCGAACGAAGAAACCCAGUAAAGGAUCUGAUGUUCAUAAUUCUGGACAUUGUAAUUUCUUUUGUGCUGGGUCUGUUGCCGGGGUUGGACAACUUUUCGCAUAUUGGUGGAUUUCUCAUGGGGCUUGCACUGGGCAUCUGCCUUUUGCAUUCACCAAAUGCUCUGCGAAGAAAGAUUGGAGGCGGCGACAACACAUCCUACUCUGCUGUCAACCCAACUGGUGACGGUACCGCUCCGGGAUUCCUCAAGAGCCCAAUUGGGUUCUUCAAGGGCCGAAAGCCGCUCUGGUGGGCGUGGUGGCUCGUCCGCGUCGGCUUCCUCAUUGCCGUCAUCAUUGUGUUUAUCGUCUUGUUGAACAAUUUUUACAAUGGCACUCAUACUUGCAGCUGGUGCAAGUACCUGAGUUGUUUGCCCGUCAGCAACUGGUGCGACAUUGGAACGAUUCAACAGACGACAACCUAG